AUGCCAAGACCUUCAAAAGUUCCACAAGGGAGAUCAACUGACAUACAACGCGAAGUGGCGUCGAAGGGUGUCGAUUGGGAAUUUAUCAUUGAAAAGGCAACUUGCCAAGGAGGAUUUUACGAGCGAAUGAUACAGAGUACAAAGAGAUGUUUGAAAAAUUUGAAAUUUGAAAUCAUCAGUACGAAUCGAACUCAAACCAGAAAAGCGAAAUAUCAGAAACGUUUGUUAGAUCAAUUUAUUAAUCGUUGGAGAACGAAAUAUUUUUUAAGUGUCAGAGAGACUUCACGCUUACUUCAUGGAGCACAGAAAGAGGAGAUAGCUGCCGGUGAUGUUGUUGUGUUAAAAAAUGAUCGUUCCUCUCGAAUUUUCUGGAAAUUGGCAAGAGUUACCGAGCUCAUAGUAAGUAAGGAUGGUGUUGUUCGAGCAGCAAAGGUCUGUGUUGCGAGUACUACAAAGGUUCGAUCGUCAGAGCUACGUCGUCCAAUUCAGUUGGAAUUCAGUCUAAAGACGAAAACUCUAUGA